GUGUUGUUUUGAUGAAUUUAGGUUAGGUUCUAACCUUAAUUCAGACACUUCCUAAAUUAUAAAAAUGACUUCAAUUGGAAUAUGUAAAAUAAAAAGCGAAUACAUUAUUGCAGAACAAAAGAAAGAACUCAAUCUUGAUCUCGUAUCUGAUAAAGACAAAGAAAAGUUAUUCAUUCACAAAGAUCAACAUGAUGACGAAGAACCUGCACCCAAAAAGCAAAAGCUUUCCAAGAAGGAAAAGAAAAAACUAAAGGGUCAAAAUAAAUCUCGAGGACCAACAUUUCGGAUUGAGAGAUCUCAAGAAUUAUGUAGUUCCCUAAUAAGUACUUUGGACGGCGAAACUCCCAAGUGUGAAAGAAAGAAUUGUGAUUUCUUACAUGAUGCCAGUAAAUAUCUGGAACUUAAACCGAAGGACAUAGGUGAACAUUGUUACAAUUACCAAAUCUCAGGUAAAUGUAGUAGAGGUUUGGCUUGCAGGUUUGGCAGUGAACAUAUUUCAUCGGAAGGAAGAAAUGAAGUUGAUGAAGAAAAAUAUGCACAGUUCACAUCUUCGGGACCUCCAACAAAAAAUCAUUUGGAAUAUAACAUUCAGACAGCCCUUAGAAAAAGAACUUAUAAUUUUGAUUUAUCAGAAGCCCUAGUGAAAUACAAUGACCUGAGGAAGAAAGGGUUCAAAACUGAGAAACAUGAAACCAACUGUGAGGAAAUUAAGGUACUCAGUGGUACAGUUACAGAUGAAGAUAUCAUUACUUUGCGAAAAAGAGAGAAACUACAAAUAAACUGGAAUGAUAAACUAUUUUUGAGUCCACUAACCACAGUCGGUAAUCUUCCGUUCAGACGUAUAUGUAAAGAAUUUGGAGUUGACGUCACUUGUGGUGAGAUGGCAAUGUGUUCAGCUUUGUUGCAGGGUGCUCCUCAAGAAUGGGCACUGGUGAAACGUCAUAAGAGUGAAGAUAUAUUUGGAGUACAACUUUGUGCAAACAAUCCUCAUCUGCUCACGAAAUGUGGACAGUUAUUGACAAAUGAAACGGAAAUAGAUUUCAUUGAUUUGAAUCUAGGUUGUCCUAUAGAGUUAGUGUACAAACAAGGCGGAGGAUGCGGGUUACUUCGAAGACCCAAAGUAUUAGAAUCCUGCGUACAAAAUUUGAGUGAUAUUUUGCCUAUACCACUGACUAUAAAAAUGAGAAUGGGGGUUUAUAAUAAUGAGAAUGUGGCACAUAUUUUGGCACCAAAAAUGAGGGACUGUGGAGCAAGCCUCAUCACAAUUCAUGGUAGAUCAAGAGAACAGCGCUACACAAAAUCUGCCAAUUGGGAAUAUAUCAAAACUGUAGCAGAAGUAGCAGCACCUAUUCCUGUAUUAGGCAAUGGAGACAUUCUGACUUAUCAGGAUUAUAUGAAAGCAAAAGAGACUGUACCACAGUUAGCUGGAGUUAUGAUAGGGAGAGGAGCCCUAAUCAAACCAUGGAUAUUCAAAGAGAUUAAAGAACAGAAGCUCUGGGACAUAUCUAGUUCAGAGAGGUUUGAUAUUUUGAAAAAAUAUACGAACUACGGACUGGAACAUUGGGGUUCAGACAACAAAGGAGUGGAGAAUACAAGAAGAUUUAUGUUGGAGUGGUUAUCAUUCUUAUAUAGAUAUGUUCCAGUUGGUUUGUUGGAGUGUCCACCUCAAAAAAUAAAUGAAAGGCCACCGUUUUAUAAAGGAAGGGAUGAACUGGAAACUCUUAUGGCAUCUCCAUCUGCUUCGGAUUGGAUAAAAAUUAGUGAAAUGCUUUUAGGCCCUGUACCAGAAAAUUUUCAUUUCUUGCCAAAACAUAAAGCAAACUCCUACGAUUGAACAAUGAUGUUCAGAAUUAUUUCAAGGAAUUUUAUUUUCACUGUUAACCCUCUUUGAAAUAAUAUAAUUUCGAAAUAAGGUUUUAAAAUCCCCGACUUGGAUUUACAAUUAAGUUAGAUUUUUUGAAAUAUACUGAAGUGAUUUAUUUCAAUAAUUAUAUAAGUUGGACUAUUGAAUAUAAUAAAU